AGCGCUGACUCAGGCUCUCCCGCGCUCAUCUGUGAGAUUCCUGUGAAGGUGACACAGUGGGAAAGAUGGCGACGGCCUUCCUCACCCACCAGCAGAAAGUCCUUCGACUUUACAAGAAAUCGCUUAGACAUCUAGAAUCAUGGUGUAUUUUCAGGGAUAAAUAUCGUUUCUAUGCGUGUUUGCUGCGAGCACGCUUUGAUGAGAACAAACCUGAGGUAGACAUGAUCAAGGCCACCCUGAUGCUGAAGGCAGGUGAGGAAGAGUUCUGGGCCAAUCAGCACCCACAGCCCUACCUGUUCCCAGACUCACCUGGUGGAACAUCCUACGAGCGAUAUGAGUGCUACAAAGUCCCUGAAUGGUGUCUGGAUCACUGGCACCCAUCAGAGAAAGCCAUGUACCCUGAUUACUUUGCUAAGAGAGAGCAAUGGAAGAAGCUGAGAGCUCAGAGCUGGGAUAGAGAGGUCCAGCAACUGCAGGCUGAAACGCCUGCUGAUGGUCCUAAAUCCGAGGCCCUGCCUCCUGCCCGCAAGGACGGUGAUCUCCCACCCCUGUGGUGGCAGUUUGUCACCCGCCCCAGAGAGCGGCCCAUGUAAGGCCUCGUGUGUCAGAAUUUACUUCCGAGAUGUUUGGCACCUGUACACUUGAGUUCUAUGAGUUCACCACUUAUAAAUAUAUUAAAAUAUUAUGUGAGAUACAGAA